CUCUCCCAAUGCAGGUGCAGCAGCUUUUAAAAUUAAGCUUCCUUUUACCUCCCUUCCCUCUCCCUCCCCCAUUCCCUCCUCCCCCAUCUGCACUCGACGAAUCCGUUUCACCACCCGCAAGCCUACAACCCUACGUACCCUCGAGGCCACCCAGCUCGGGCGCCCGCCGCCAGCCAUGUCCGUGCCCGGCGUUGCCUCCCGCGCCGCGGACCGCUUCUACUGCCCCCCGCCCCGCCGCCACCACCUCUUCCAGCAGCAACACCCGCCGCCGGGGUCGGAGGAGAAGACCGCGAAGCCGAUGGCGGAACUUCAGCGGGACCCGCCAGCGGCGGCGGGAGAGACCAACCUCGAGAGCUUCAUCGCCUCCACCGCCGUCCGCGUGCCAGCGCGGUGCCCACCCCAGACGAGCUCGGCGUACUACGAGCUCACGGAUCUGUGGGAAGAGUUCAGGGAGUGGAGCGCAUACGGCGCCGGCGUGCCGCUCGUGCUCAAUGGGACGGACGGUGUUGUUCAGUACUACGUCCCCUUCCUGUCGGCUAUCCAGCUCUAUGCAUCCCGGCCGACUCCGUCGAGUAAAAGUUUUAGAGGACUUGGUGAAGACAGCGAUGGUGACAGUGUUGAGGAUACAAGCAGUGACGUAAGCAGUGACUGUGACCAUGGGCAGCCCAUAGGAAUUAAAAGCUCAUGUUUAGUGAAAAAUAUUUCAGCUGAUCAAGAAGGCUUCUCAAGUGAUGACAGUGAGUCUGACAACCAGGAAUCACACCCCGUUUUCCAGUACUUGGAGCAUGACGCGCCAUACGGAAGACAACCUUUAGUAGACAUGAUAUCAAUACUUACAAGUAGGUUUCCUGAUCUGAAGAGAUAUAGAAGCUGUGAUCUUCUGCCAUCCAGUUGGAUUUCUGUAGCCUGGUACCCCAUAUACAGGAUACCAACAGGACCUAUGUUACAAGAUUUGGAUGCUUGCUUUUUAACAUUUCAUGCACUGUCGACGCCACCUGAAGGCACAUUAACUGGGAAUCCCGAGACAAAUGACCUUCAUAACAUGGAAAUUGCUGAUGUUUGUGGGAAGAUCACACUGCCUCUCAUUGGUCUAGCUUCAUACAAAUUUAGUGGUUCUAUGUGGACUUCAAAUCAGCAGUAUGAGCAGCAAUUAACUGCAUCCCUUUUGAAAGAUGCAGAUGAAUGGCUUUGCCAGCGGCAAGUACAUCACCCAGAUUACCGUUUCUUCCUCUUACGCUAGAAUGCAUCUUUGUGACACUGUCUACGUUUAGCCAAACACCUGAGCCAGACGCCCACGAAUUAAUCUUAGAACUUAAGAAAUACCCAUAUAUACUCACGGGCCAAGUACUGAUAUUAUCUUCUCAUUGAUGGGGCUUUAUUAUAUUAUAGCCCCAUAUUGAUUGAUAUAUCUAGUGUGAAUUAGGUAACUGUUUGUCUACUUAUUUUGAAUCUGCUUCGUAGGAACUAGUUAGAUAUGGAUCACCUAAAUUGUUAUAGAAGGAAAUAAGAUGUUUGGGGUGGAUAGUGUGCAGCAGAGCUACGUAGUCAGCGAUUAGAACUGUUGUACUCCCUCCGUUCCUAAAUUAUUGUUGUCGUUUUAGUUCAAAUUUAGGAACGGAUGGAGUAGAUCGGUGUCCGCUGUGUGCUUGGGGGAUUGUGCUAGAUGAUGAUGAUGAAAUAUUUCAGUUUGAGCAGAUUGAUUUUCAUUGGCUUUUUUUUUCUAGGGUUUGAAAUUAUAGUAUCUUAUGUUAAGACAAAAAUAUGCGGUGGCUUUAGACAUAUGUAUGUUUCAGUGAAAACUCUUGUGGUCAUUGUUUCGCAUAAAGGAGUUGACGUGUGAAUUGUUACUGGCAUUACUUUCAACA